AUGGUGACGGUAACAUCCUCAACAAUAUUUUCGAAUGGAGUCGCGAAACGUCUACUUGCCCUAUUCUUCCUUGGGAUUAUGAUAAUAAUGUUGGUGAAGACAGUUAAACCACCAGUGAAUAUGAUUCGUGUGCAUGCACGGACAGCGGACAAGCCUGCUUGUGCUUCAAACAACAUGACUGAGAAUGACGACUUGCUUCAAAAAACGAAACAAAUCUACCAGCAGCAGGCAAUAUCGCGCAAAUCCAUUUUGAACGACAGUUCUGCUCUCACACACGCACUUCUGCACACCUACAUUGUACCUGAGGUUUUUUGCCCUGGUUUGACGCGCAUCGGUAAUUUGGGCGAUGGUGGCAAGUGGAUUUGUUCACCGUUCAAUGUUCCUCGUGAAAACUGUGCGAUCAUAUCGUUGGGUANCGCCAACGAAAUAAGUUUCGAGACUGAACUGCAAAGAUUUACUGAUAAGCGCUGCAAAUUAGUUGCCGUCGAUAAGUCGAAUCAAACGGCCGAAGUCAUAAAGGGAUUGGAGUCGAUAAACGGAAAAUUCAUGAAAGGUGGCGAGGAUCAAGUAAUUCCACCGGUUAUCGCGUCGCAAAAUAUUUGCCAAAUACUCAUCGAAAUACAUUAUGCUUUGCCAAAGAGAAUUCCGUUCAUGAAGGAAAUCGCAAAGCAUGGCUAUUACCUGUUUGCACACGAGCUCAAUCCUUACUGGCAGCAAUUAAGCGAAUAUAGUUUCAUUCAUUCGUCAUGUUUAAAGAAAUACGGCGCCACUCUUCUUGCCAGUUACCUGUCCUGA